AUGAGUUUGAAUGACAGUUUCUUUGAUAACAUUCUUGUAGUGAACUAGAAUGUAAAUACAUCUAACAAACCUUAAACAGUAUGUAAAUCUUUAGAACGUACUUUUGCUGUCUGUAGUAACCCAACUAAGUAUGUAAGCUUUUGAUUUUAUAAAAUUACAGAAGAACUACCUAACAUCAUCAUACAUAGUAUUAAGAAGAUAACAAAUUUUAAAAGCAUUAAUUAGAUUAUUAUUUAAAACAAAAUAAAACAUCAACACAAAAUAAUUAAUCUAAGAGUUAUCGUAGUAUCAAAUAGUAAGAAUUAAAUAAUCAUACUUCAAUUCCUUAAAGUAUAAUAAUAGCUUUAUUAUUAUAGAAUCAUAUCUCAAACAAUAAAUGAGAUUAAAAAUCAAUUUAGAAAAUGAUGCCUAUCAAUCCAAUUUGAGACAUAAGACUCAGUCUUAUCAUAAUACUACUAAUCCUUAUUAGGGAUCUAUUACAAAUCUUAUGAAAUAAUAAGUAAUUUAACUCUAUUUAUUCUGUAGAUGUAAAAAUAAUAGCAAAGUUUUUUGAACAUAUGUAAAACAAUAAAUGAUGAUUCAAAAAUUAGAAUUUCAUCUACACAUAGACAAUCAUUAAUAUCAUCCAAGUUAACACAAAGAUAAGAUUCAUAAAAUAUUCGAAAAAGUAAUUCAGUUUACAUGCAAGAAUUUAGGAAGGUUUUUAAUAAACCCAAAUAUAGUAUACAUAAUAAUGUUUGA